AUGGUCGCGCCGUCGGCAGACCCCAACUUCCCCGCCAACCUCAACAUCCACCCCCUCCACCUCCUCGGCACGGCGGCGACCGACGGCGCCGACGCACACAACCAGGCUGAGGCUAUUGGGCGGUACGGCAUCGCCGGACGCGUAUGGGAAGCGUCGGGUCCCUUGCUCGAGUAUCUCACUCCCGGCGGUGCUGGUGAUCCGGCCUGUACGCUGUUCACUACACUGGGACCACACCGUGUUCUCGAGCUCGGCAGCGGACAGGCGUUGGCCAGUCUCCACCUCGCGGCUCGCCUCAGGGCCGAGGACACGGUGGUGCUCACGGACCUCCCCAACGUCGUGCCACUCUGCCAACAGAGCAUCGACACUUGGGCGACCGAGGGAGAGGGCAGCCAGCAGGCCGAGCAUGCCAACGUUGUCGCGCAGCCGCUGGCUUGGGGCGAGGACGCAAGUCAUUUGGCAAAGUAUGGCCCAUUCACACACAUUAUUCUGUGCGAUCUAGUCUACUUCCCCCACCUCUACCCGCCACUGCUCCGGACUCUACUCGAGGUCACCGACCCGUCUGGCCCCGUGGACACGGACGUCUUUGGUCCAGAAAUCAUCAUUGCAUGGAAGUCGCGCUCGCUUAACCUUGAAGAGUCCUUCUUUGACUCGUUUGCCCACUACUUCCGCCAAGAGCCCGUGACGGACGGCAAGUGGGACGCCGAAGUCAAACUCUUCAUCUGCCGCCGGUGGCGGGUGACUGACGAGUGGCGGCUGCCAUCCCUCAACAUGGUCAUGGGCGGAGCACCCGGUGUGGUCAAGGGCCGCAGCUUUGGGCUCGUAGAGUCGCUCUUCUCCGCACUGGAGUGGGACUAG